GAGAGCGAAGAGCUUGGCUCGCGAGUAGGAACCCCGUUAAUAUGCCCUGCCGCGCUAGUCUUGUCAAAACGAGACAUCCCUUGCCCUCUGUCCGGUAAACUAGACACCCUGGGAAACGGAUUGAAUUACCUCCUCAAAUCACAGCAUCUUUACCGCCACAAUCUGUCCAUCCCGCUAACGGCUCAGGAAUACAAAGUUGUAUCACUUUUAAACGACUCUUCGGGACUGAAUGCCCGUUAUUCGUUUUUGGACAGAAACAUCAGAAUAUUUUUUGUGUGUUUUGAGUUGCGUUGGCUUGGAUAUACACGCGUGCGUCGACUUGAUUCGCGCCGUUUUUCCCCGUUACUUAGUGUGGAAUAUCUGAGUACUUUAUUCAACGCUCCAGAAGGAAAGAAAAAUACUUGGAAGAACUGCUCAUGGAAAUUUGAGGAGUUUUAUUUAUUUAUUAUUAUUUUCCUUAUCAAGUACGUAUGAUAUUACGAUGUGUGUGGUGCGAGAGUCUUCACCGCCCCUUUUAGACCAGAAUUAGUCAGUGUGGUCCCGGAGUAGAGGCUAGAUCAGUGUCUUCUCGAUCUCACGCACUCUCCACAUCCUCCUUUUCUUCCUUUCCCCCAAAGGUUAUUUGUCUAUGUCCAUGGAAUAACUUAUCAGGAAAACGACUGAACGACAAAGUGUCUUGUCGCCCCCUCCCCCCCUGCCCCACACACCGCCUGUAACUGACAGGCGGUUUAAGGUCUGUUCUUCUCCGGAGAAUGCUCAAUGAUCGAUGGGGAAUCAUGAACAGCUCACCGGAACUCGAAGACGGACAGCGGGGCAAAAAUCAGAGGAUGAGUUGUAGCUAUCUGCUAUGUACCAUCCUUCUCUUCGUGGCCGUUCUGCUCGCAGUCACAGUGACGGGAACCAUUCUUCUUAUGAACCACUACCAGGCUCCCCCCAUGUCGGACGGCCCGCCUCAUAUUAGCACCAAUCAGGAUGAAGCCAAUGCAUUGGUGACAGUAGAGAGGGGUGAUGGAUCACGCAUCAAUAUCUUCAUCGACCCCAACUGCCCUGAUUAUAACAGUAAUUUCCUGCGGCUGGAAGGCGUGCAGACGUCUUUGCUGCAUUCGCUCACUGACCACGAUACGGAUCUCAAGUCCGUCAAAGGUCAGGAUCGAGCGCUAUUGGUCAACUUGGCAGAGGAAGUUGCUAAGCUGUCUGCCCACGCGGGACAGCUGAAGAUGGACUAUGAGUCUCUCAGAAGAGGACAAAGCAACCUGGGACAGGACCUGAAUACACUGCAGACUGAACAGAGCAGACUUAUACAGCUGCUGUCCGAGAGCCAGAUUAACAUGGUGAAGGUGGUCAACUCUGUGAGCAAUGCUCUAAACGCCAUGCAGAAGGAAACUGGAGGUCUAAAGGCCAGAGUGAAGGCUGACCUGCAGAGGGCGCCAGUCAGAGGAGUUCGCCUUAAAGGCUGUGCUAAUGGCUCCCGUCCACGGGACUGUAGUGAUAUAUAUGCUAGCGGUCAGAGAGAAGAUGGCAUCUACUCUGUUUUUCCCACUCAUUAUCCCGCCGGCUUUCAGGUCUACUGUGAUAUGAGCACGGACGGAGGUGGCUGGACGGUAAUCCAGCGGAGGGAGGAUGGGUCUGUGAACUUCUUCAGGGAGUGGGACUCCUACAGGGAAGGAUUUGGCAAAAUCACUGGAGAGUACUGGCUUGGGUUGAAACAAAUCCAUGCUCUCUCUAUCCAAGGAAACUACGAACUGCGCAUAGAUCUUGAAGAUUUCGAGAACAGCACAGCUUUCGCACAGUAUGGUGUGUUUGGAGUUGGACUGUUCUCUGUUGAUCCUGAGGAUGACGGUUACCCCCUCACCAUCGCUGAUUACACCGGAACUGCAGGAGAUUCAUUGCUUAAGCACAAUGGAAUGAAGUUCACCACAAAAGACAGAGACAACGAUCACUCGGAGAACAACUGUGCUUCAUUCUACCACGGCGCCUGGUGGUACCGCAACUGCCACACGUCCAACCUGAACGGCCAGUACCUGCGCGGACAGCACACCUCUUACGCCGACGGGAUUGAAUGGUCAUCCUGGACCGGGUGGCAAUACUCGCUAAAAUUCACAGAAAUUAAAAUUCGGCCAACACGCGAAGAGCGAGAAAGCAAGUAACCACACAAAAAGUCCAAUUUAAAUGUAAGGAAAU